UGUUGGCCAUAAUCAGUCACAUUAUAUCUAUUUAUUAAAUUGAGUUGUUUGAGUUAUUUCCUUCACCCUCAUCAUGUCUGCCUUUCAUGUACGAUGCAGGUAAAUUGCAAUCAUGAGUGAAGCUCCAGUAGUGCGGAAGGCUAUUCCACAGGCUCAGUCUACCACUAGUGGUCACACUCAGAUGACAUCACGGCCACUACACAUCACUGAGCCAACUGCCUCCAAACGUGUGUGCUUUUAUAAAAGUGGUGAUUCUCAGUUCAGCGGUCUUCCUGUGAUUAUCAACAGCCGCACCUUUAAAACUUUUGAGGCUCUCCUGGAUAGCCUAUCUAAGCGUGUGCCACUGCCAUUUGGAGUGCGCACUAUUACAACUCCUCGUGGUCAUACGGCCGUUCAGUCUCUUGAUCAGUUACAUCAUGGUCACUCCUACAUUUGCUCUGAUCGUCGAACUGUCAAACCCAUUGACCUGGAACAAGCACGCCGGAAACUGCCUCCCUGGUAUCACGCUCGUCCUGUUAGUGCCCGGUGCUUGGCUUGGUAUACACAUAGCUCUGCUCAACAUGGAACCUGCAGUGCAAGACUGAAUGAGCAUGCCAUCUUGUUGCACACACCAAAGCGGCUAGUACUGUUUCGUAAUGGAGAGACAGAAGUGAAGCACACCCUGAUACUGCAGAGAAGAAAAGCAUACUCAUUUGAAGCACUGUUAGAUCACAUGUCAGAGGUUAUGCACUUCCCGGUGCUCAGGUUACAUUCACCUGAUGGAAGAAGGGUGGAUGGGCUUCCUGCACUGAUAUUAUGCUCUGGGGUAUUGGUGGCUGCUGGCCGGGAACCUUUCAAAAAAAGAAACUAUGAUAUUCAGAAGUCAUCUCCACCAAUGUGGCUGCCAGUUAAAAGACUGAAACGGCGACAUCCAAUAGCCAGAAAAAAUAAGUCCAGCAGCACCAAAUCCUGUCCCUUCUCCCCAUCCUCUGAACACUACUUUGUGAAUCAAAUUCAAAACACUAUGUCAGGAAGUAUGUAUGAUUUUCAAAGCAAUCCAAACUGCUCUGUGGAAGUAGAGCCUGGACAGCAUCUUGAGUCAGUUGCUGAAACAGAAGUCAUUACCAGUCGGGAUGGUGAGAAAGUGGAUGACAUACAUAUGCCUUCUGAUGAUGACAUUGAGAAAGCUUUCAGAGUCAAUCAAGAUGGAAGUAUGACAGUAGAAAUGAAAGUACGCCUUACUAUUAAAGAAGAGGAAACAAUUCAUUGGACAACCACAGUCAGUCGAUCCAGUGUGUACAAUCAAUUUAAAGCAGCCACUAUUUCCUGUCCUGACCUGGAUGCUAAUUUACCUGAUAACUUACCCCCUCAAAGUGAUACUCCUACUAUAGAGGUCAGCGAGAUUGACCCUAAUGACAGCAACCAUUUCUGCCCUAAGGAUGGCUAUAAGGUAAAUGAAGAUACUGAGAUAAGUGGAGCUGCUGCAAGCAUGGAGUUAGAGCGACUACCCUCACCGCUUUCCCACUUUCCAGGGUUGCACAAGGUACAACACAAACAAGAAUCCAUUGAGAGCAUCAAGACAGUAAGUGAUACAGAAUUUCACAAGAACCAUUCAUACUCUGACACUGAAGAACUGGACAGUGGAGAUGUGAAGCAGGAAUACUGUAUGGUACAGCAGUGUUACCAACCUGUACCCAAGCCUCGAUGUACCUUGGCCUCUGAAAUUCAUACAACGACACGGCUACAAUUGAGCAACUACAAAUGUUCAGAGAAUCUUCAGUUUCAGGACAAUCAGAAAAAGAUGUAUGAGGCACCUUUACAUAUUAAUGAAAAGCAGACUUGUCAAGAGAACUUCUCAGACAAAACGCAACAUCAUUUGCAAUUCUUUGGCAGUUCACACCAUGAAUAUGAUGUCAAGAUGGCAGUGACACCAGUUACCACAUCCUCAAAAGUCUUAGUAUCUAAACAAGUUCUUACUAUUGGUACUACCACAAAGAGGAAGGCAGUUAGAGUAGUAGUAAAGAAGAAUCAUUUGCUUAAGUGUGCUAUUCCAAAAAGAAGACCAAGGCCUAAUAAAGCUGACAUUCUGAAAGAAAAAAAGAAAAAAAGACUUGAUAUAUCAAGCCAGAAAGGAGAUGUUAAACUAAACAAGAAUUCCACAACAAAAGCAGCUCAAAAACUACUAAAAAGGAGAAAUAAUAAUGGAAAUGGAAAUGUGCCUCUAAAACCCAAAACAGAGCAGUUAGAGUAUGUUCAACUGAAAACAGAUGACCUAAGCUCUUUUUUGGUUGAAAAAGAUCAAAACAACAUCCAAGUGCAAGCAGGUAGUUACACUUUGCCGAAGACAAAAAUUCAAAAAGCAACACUCAUCAAAGGCACGCUGAGUCGGCACACAUCAGAAUAUGUUGAACUCUGGUUACAGAGAAGUACAAAGGUAAAACCACCACUGCUUUACCAGCCCUCUUUAGAAACUAUACCCAAAAAUAACACAAUGGUUAAAGCAUCCCUGUUCAAUUAUCAAUCUUGUAAUUCAGUACAAGCAUUAACAAAUGAAGUUUUUGAAGAGAAAGAGAUUUGUGUAUAUUCACCAAAGACAAAAAAGCCUGAACAGAUAAAUAGUGAUCACUUAACAAAAACAAGGGAAAAUCAACAGACAUCUGAGCCAAUAAGUAAGACUGACUCAUAUAACACAGAAAAUACUUUGAGGAGACCGCUUGGUAUCCAUACAAAGCCUUCAAUAGAACUGAUAGAUUUGCAAGCACAAAAAUUCUACAAUGUAAAAAUGGCUGUUAGGCCAGAUAUGAAGCCCGUACUUGAUCAGCUUUGUUAUUGCAUUGAGUCACUUCGUGAGAUCACACAACACAAAUGGUUAUGCUCAAAAAUUUCUAUAUGUGUGGCAGAUUUUUCUUCAUAUGUGGAAUCUACAUUUGGAACUUCCUCUAGGGUGCUUCUUGCCUUUCUUUGUGUUAUGACUUUAAAGGAUGGCUUAAGCCAUUUAAAUGCAUGUGGUCAGGCUGAUGCCAGUCUAAGCUGUUCUGAGGCUAUGCACAUGAUGCAAUCUCUAAACGAAUUGGCAGCAAUAGAAGAUGCAGAGCAACUUAGGAUAAGUCUAUCCAACCUUCACAACUCAGCAUCUAAUCAGCUGUUACAGAGCUGGAAGGACUUCCAAGUACUGAUCAAUAAAGCAAGGUGUAGCAAUGCCACACCAGAGACCACUUUGAGUGAAGCCAAUCAAAGUUCAAGUUCAGAGGAGGAAGAACAUGCUAUCCAAAUGCUGACUGAACAGUUAGGUGUUCCAGAGAGAGUCAGAGAGGAGCUGGCAGCCCUUAACUAUUCAGAUGAGAGCAUCAUGAAAUGCAGUCAGAUAGAAGACACUGACAAAGUUAGUGAAUCAAUCCAAUCAAUGAAAAUGAAUGGAUUUUCAGAGCUCCACUCUAAAGAGAAAAUUGAUAGUUUAUCAGAUUUUGUGCUGGAAGAUUGUGUGAACAAGUAUGUUAAUUCAGUUAUUGAUAGAGCUAUAACUGCACACCUUAAAGAUAGCGACAAUUCACAGGUUUUCGUGGUAGACUUACUGGAAAGACCUGAAAAGGAUAUUGUGAAUGAAGAUAGAUACCAACAGGAUUUGAGAAAUGACAACUUUUACAACACAGAGAAAAAAAUUAAAGGGGAUGUCAUACCUGAUUCUGAUAUCUGCAAAGAUAUGUUACUUGGUGAAUCUAGCUUUGAGACUGAAAUGUACAGAGAGUUGGAGAACGUAGAACACAAGAUACAAGAAGAAGAAACGUUUACGAGACAUCAGGAAAAAGUAGAAGAGAUGAGUAGAGUAGAAAGUCAAAAUGAAAUUACUGAGGGAAGAGGUAUAUGCAAAGAAAAUAGUUCUAAAUGGGAGAAUUCUGAAUCUCUUAAGACAGUAUUAAAAAACGAAGUGCUAAGAAAAGUGGUAAAUAAAGUAGAAAAAGACAGAGACUCAGUUGAAGAGGAAGGGUCGAAAUUAUCAGAACCACCAAUUAUCAGAAAUGAAAAGGUCAACAAACUUGAUGAGAAUGUAAAAUAUAGUGAUGAGACAUUUCCUAAAGAUAAGUAUUUCAGUAAAGAAAAUAAUCUUAAUGUGAAAAGUCCUGAGCCAAGUGAUGGAGCAGAACAGAUAUGUUCAAAGGAGACAAUAUCAGGACAUUGGCAAAAUGAGUUUCAGGCCAUGCAAAAUCAAGAUCAGUUAUACAAUAAAACAAAAAUAACAGAGAAGGGUUUUGUAUUAUCUGAGGUGCAAGAUAUCCCUCAUAAUCAUAUUGAAUCAAAUAUAGAAGUGGAUGAAAUACAACAUUCAAUAACACACCAAGACUUCUGUAUGGAAAGUAUGAUUUAUUCUGAGGAGGAACAUGUUAUCCUAGAAGCACCAGAAUGCUACUCCAUCUAUCAGGAGAACUGUGUGGAGAUUCCUGAAGAAAUCACUGAGUAUAAAGAAAAUGAGAAUGAUUUUAAGAAGGCAAGAGCAACUGAUAUAGCAAAGCCUAUCAGUAGUCUACAAGACCAGGAAAAAUCUGUGAGUAAGAGAAAAUAUAAUACAGAACAGACAACUGGCAAAAGGCUCUUGAAUCACAUCAGUGUAACUAAUCAAGAGGCAUCAAAUAUUGUCAAAACCACAGAAAGUGGAUCAAUGGAUUCAGUCUCAUCAUCAUUAGCAUUCAGUUAUGAUUCCAAAAACAGUGAUUUGGCAAAAGAUUCAGAGGAACACAUUCAGACCAACAGAGUGAAAUCCAUCAGAGACAUGUUUCUUGCCAAGAGCAAUACAGACAUGCGGCAUGGACAGGCACAGCUAAGCAGUCCAAGUUCUGAACUGUCAAAUUACCAACUUGAAUCUUCUCACAGAAAAGAAUACCAAUUAUUAACAUCGUCAGAGUUGUCAAGAGAAGAGAAAAACACAUGCAGGUUGUCCAUUGCAAAGGGUUAUGUAAAAAGAACUAUUGAGCAGCUUUAUGGAAAAGGCUCUAAAGGAUGUAGUUCUGAUGAGAAGAGAAAUCCUUCAACCGACAAAAUCGAGAAGAGAGAAGGUCUUAGAGGUACAAAUGCCUCAAGUCUGCCCUCCCUCCAUGAAGUUCACACAGAUGCCAUUACAGAUUUGUCAUAUUUUAAUGCCACAAGCUCAGUAGAUAGUUUAAAUGAGCCAAUGAACUGUGUCACUCUGAAUGCCAGGGUGGGACCCAAGGAUGCAGUCUUAAUUGAUAAGGGUCGCUGGUUACUUAGGGAAAAUCAAAUGAGUCUGAAAUCUUGUUCGGAGAAUGAAGACACAUCCAAGAAAAUAGAAGACAAGGAUGUGUUGGCUGAGUCAGAGCAGGAUUCUGGAAAAGAGAAUAUUCCAUAUUCAUUAUUUGGCCAUUCUUCUGUGAUGCCUGACAAGGAUCCUUCUUUCACAGAACAAGAAGAAGAGUGCCCAGGGAGGACAAUCACCUAUUUUCACCUUCCAGAUGCCAGUGAUUCUGAGAUACAGCCAAAUGACCAAAAAACUGACACUCCAAAAAGGAAAACAGAAAACAAAGUGACUCCUUUAACAGAGCCUCCAAAAUGUUGGACUGAGAAACACAGCUUCACACCAAUGGACAUCAAAAAAUCAGCUAAUAAGGUGCAUCCUGUGAUAGAAACUACAUCUCCUGUAAUUACUCAGCCAGCCAAAGGACAAAGUGUAGAAGUCACAAGACACUCUGCAGAACCUGAUGCACUGGAGAUUCUAUACAUGUUUUGUGGACAGCAUUGCCCCAUUCUUUAAACUUGCUUACCAUUUUAAUAUAUAUUCUGAAAAGUAAUGCUAAAUCAUGUAUUUCAAUAAUCAUUUGUCUGCAAUUAAUUCUUUCUGAAAGACUCAAGAUGUAUUUUUAAAUAUGAACAACUUGGCACACCAUUUUAAAAACACUUUGCAAUGCCAUUUAAAUUUAUUGUAUGUACAAUACAGUAUUCCUGCUGUGCAGUGAGCAGCAGUGAUAUGUAGCACAAUUACGUCUUUAUAGGACAUGUAUACAUAGAAAAACUAUUUAAAAGAAGCAAUAGAAUGUAAGGCAACAGCUAUAUAGCAGUGUGGUACCUGUGGUAGUACUGUUGUUAGGUCACUAUGCACUGUAGAAGAAACACUGUAGUGACUUAUUUACUUAAAAGAGUAGUUCACCCGCCCCAAAAAAUCUGUGAUUAAUUACUCACUAUCAUGACAUUCAUUACCUGUAAGACCUUCAUUCAUCUUCAGAACACAAAUUCUUUCUUUGUGCAAAAAAAAAAAAACGUUUUCUUUGUGAUGUCACAUCAUUUUAACGAUCUCCUUGCUACAUUUCUUAGCCUUGAUCGUGUAAAGAUCCUUGCUGUGUAUGGGAGGGUCAGAGAGAUCUCGGAAUGUCAAAAAUAUUUGUGUUCUAAAAAUGAACGAUUGUCGUACAGGUUUGGAAUGACAUGAGGGUGAGUAAUUAAUGACAUCAUUUGUAUUUUUUUGGGUGAACUAUCCCUUUAAUUAAAUAAGUCAGACAAAAAAUAUCAAAUGUUUUAUAACCUGAUUACUGCAAGUCCCACCUAGGGACAGCAUUUUCAUUUUUGGGUGAACUAUCCAUUUAAUUAAUGUGCAUAGUUUAAAGUGUGAUAGAUUCUUAAUUAUGAUGGCUAAAUGUAAACAAAUAGCUUAUGGUACAUAUGAAGUAGAACAGUUAUACAUAAAAUAUUAAAAAUAAAGAAAGAGUAGUGCAAAAUAAAAUCUAUAAUAAAAACAGUAAAAAUCUAGCACACUCAAGAUAAUUAUUUGACCUAGCAACAAAGAAAAGAAAAGAAAAGAAAAGAAAAGAAAAGAAAAGAAAAGAAAAGAAAGGGUAACACACCAAAAAACAAACAAAAAAACAGUACUGUUUUGUCAAAAUGCAUAACUUUUUUCAGUGGCAGCUGAUAUGUUAUUAUUGUUUCUGAAAUAAAAUGUUAUAAUUGCGUUAAA